CUCCUGUUUCCCUGUGUUUGUGAAGGAAAAAGAGGGAUUGAAGGAGAAGUUAGAAGAGAUUCAAAGUAAAACCCCCAACGGCCAGAAAAUGCAGCGCCAGCAAAACGUUGCGAGAUCGUAAACAAAAUUCCCUGGCACUCAAAUAACCGCGUAAACGUAACGCUCACGUAAAGUACCAACCAAUUUCAUCAAAAUGGCCCACACGACGAUAUCAACGUGGGUUCUGGGUAUAUGCCUGAUCCAGCUGCAGCUGUUGCAGCCUUCAAUUGGCAGUCAAGCCCUCUCGUUCAUCCUGGAGCCCCAGGACGCUGUCGUGCCCGAGGGUCAUUCGGUGCUGCUGCAGUGCUCCGGCAGUGCCCCUGCCCGUGGCAAGGGCAAGGCUGCGUCCACACCUGCAGCCGUUCGAUGGCGCGGACCCGACGGCCAGGAUCUGGGCAUUGUGGGGGACACAUUCCGCACCCAGCUGAAGAACGGAUCGCUGUACAUCAGUUCGGUGGAGGAGAACCGUGGUCUGACCGGCGCCUACCAGUGCCUCCUCACCGCCGACGGAGUGGGCAGCGUGCUCAGUCGCCCGGCGCUGGUGGCUAUCGCCCGCCAGCCGGAUCUCAACCAGGACUUCAUCGAGACGUACCUGCUGCCCGGACAGACGGCCUACUUCCGGUGCAUGGUGGGCGAGGCCAGUUGGCAGGAGGGCGUCAGACACUCUGUGCAGUGGUUCCGGGACGACAUGCCCCUGCCCCUGGACAAGCUGCGGAUGGUGGUGCUGCCCAACGGGGCGCUGGAGAUCGAUGAGGUGGGUGCCUCGGAUCGCGGCGCCUACCAGUGCAACGUCACCUCGGGCAGCGUCUCCCGCUUGAGCAGCAAGACCAACCUGAACAUCAAGAAGUUGGCCGAGCAGCCGGGCAGCGACCAUGCGGUGGCGCCCUCCUUCCUGGUUGGGCCAUCGCCCAAAACGGUACGCGAGGGGGACACCGUCACCCUGGACUGUGUGGCCAACGGAGUGCCCAAGCCGCAGAUCAAGUGGCUGCGCAACGGCGAGGAGCUGGACCUCAACGAUCUCGAUUCGCGCUUCUCCAUCAUCGGCACCGGUUCGCUGCAGAUCUCCAGUGCCGAGGACAUCGAUUCGGGCAACUACCAGUGCCGGGCCAGCAACACCGUCGACUCCCUGGACGCCCAGGCCACGGUGCAGGUGCAGGUGCCGCCCAAGUUCAUUCAGGCGCCGCGCGACAAGACCGCCCACGAGAAGGAGGAACUGGAGCUGGAGUGCGCCAUCCGCGGCAAGCCCAAGCCCGUCAUCAGGUGGCUGAAGAACGGCGAUCUCAUCACCACCAACGACUACAUGCAGCUGGUGUCCGAUCACAACCUGCGCAUCCUCGGGCUGCUCCACUCCGAUGCCGGCAUGUUCCAGUGCGUGGGCACCAAUGCCGCUGGCAGUGUCCAGGCAGCGGCCCGUCUACGCGUCGUCCCGCCCGGAGUGAAAAUCAAACAACGCAAAUCCCAAGGCCAGUCAACCAAGUCCCUGCAGACCUCCGACAAUCCAAUAAAACGACGCCGACUGUACAGCUCGGGGGAGCAGCAGCUGCGCACCAAAUCGGGGGCCAGCCUGCGCUCGACUGAGGACGUGGACGAGGACGAGGACGACGACACCCAGGACAGAGAUCCCACCACGCGUCUGCUGCUCUCCAAGACCCUGUUGGACAGUCUGCAGCACACGGGCAAGCUGAAUCGGCCCGAGCAGCCGCUCAACGAUCGCAACUUUCAGCGGAACGAGGCCAGCGCCUUGCGCCGGGAAAGCAGCGCUGGGGACAGGGGCAACGCCAACAAUAACAAUGACAACAACGACAAUGACGAUGACGAUGACGACGACGACGAUGAUGAUUACGACGAUGACGGGACGAAGGAGGCACUGAUAGCUGCCUACAAGCAUGGCGAUGAUCCACAGAAAAUACUGGCCUCCUGGCAGAGCAACAAGCACAAGAAAUCGCAGCAGCAGAAUUUGCAACUGCCAUUGCCCCCAUCCUUCAAUUUUGCGUCACCCCCAGAUUUAAGCGAGCAGGAAGACAACGCCGCAGCCGCAUCCGCAUCCGCCGCCGGGAGUGGGAAUGUAAAGAGUCUGGGCAGUGGACUCCUGGCCAGGCUGCCCAGCCAGCCCCGGGACCUGGCAGCACAGAUAGUCAAGCCGCGCUUUGUCACCCUCAGCUGGGUGGAGCCGCUCCAGAAUGCCGGGGAAGUGGUCUACUACACGGUCUACUACAAGAUGAACAACAGCGAGAGAGAGCAGAAAAUGGUCACCAAAUCGCACGACGACCAGCAGGUGAACAUCCAAUCGCUGCUGCCGGGCAGAACCUACCAGUUCCGCGUGGUGGCCAGCACCAACUUUGGCAACGGCGAGUCCUCUGCCCCGCUGGAGGUCAGCACCCAACCGGAGGUGAACAUAGCCGGACCGCCGCGCAACUUUGAGGGUCAUGCACGCAGUCACAGCGAGAUCUAUGUGCGCUGGGAAGAGCCAGCAGUGACCAACGGGGAGAUACUCAAGUAUCGCGUCUACUACUCGGAGAACGAAAGCGGAGCUGACUUGUACCACGACAGCACCGCCAUGGAAGCUCUGCUCACGGAACUCCAGGCCUACACGGACUACGUGAUCAGUGUGGUGCCCUUCAAUCGGAAUGGCAUGGGCGAUCCCUCGGCCGAGAUCAAGGUGAAGACGUACUCCUCAACGCCAUCAGAGCCGCCCAACAAUGUGACCCUCGAGGUGACCAGUUCCAGUGCCAUUACCGUGCACUGGGAGCCACCGGCAGAGGAGGAUCGCAAUGGCCAGAUAACCGGCUACAAGAUACGCUAUCGCAAGUUCAAGGAUGCGCCGCAGGUGAAGAGCACGCCGGCCAACAUACGCUACUUCGAGCUGAGCGGACUGGAUCGCAGUGCCGAGUAUCAGGUGAAGAUUGCGGCCAUGACGGUGAAUGGAUCGGGACCGUUCACGGAGUGGUAUCGCGUCAAUACGCUGGAGAACGAUCUGGACGAGACGCAGGUGCCGGGCAAACCGAUCUGGAUCAAUAUACAGCCGGGCGCGCAGAACAUUGGCCUGCACUGGGGUCCGCCGCAGCAGCCGGAGAUCAAGAUACGCAGCUACGUGCUGGGCUGGGGCCGGGGCAUACCCGAUGAGAACACCAUCGAGCUGAAGGAGACCGAACGCUAUCACGUGCUCAAGAAUCUCGAGUCCAACACGGAGUAUGUCGUCUCGUUGAGGGCGCGCAAUGUGAAGGGUGACGGUCCGCCGAUAUACGACAACAUCAAGACCCGAGACGAGGAGCCCAUCGAUGUGCCAGUGCCGCUGGAGGUGCCCGUGGGCCUGAGGGCCAUCACCAUGUCGAGCUCCUCGAUCGUUGUCUACUGGAUCGACACGAUGCUGAACAAGAACCAGCACGUGACCGACAACCGCCACUACACGAUCAGCUACGGCAUCACGGGGUCCAGUCGCUAUCGCUACCACAACACCACCGAUCUCAACUGCAUGAUCAACGACCUGCGGCCCAACACCCAAUACGAGUUCGCCGUCAAGGUGGUGAAGGGACGCCGCGAGUCCGCCUGGUCCAUGUCCGUGCUGAAUUCCACCUAUCAGAAUGUGCCAGUGACGCCACCGCGCGAGGUGACCGUACGCCUGGAUGAGGAGAAUCCGCCCACGGUGAUCAUCCAGUGGAUGCCGCCGAAGCACACAGUCGGCCAGAUCACCGGCUACAACAUCUACUACACGACGGACACCACGAAGCGGGAUCGAGACUGGUCCAUUGAGGCCUUUGCCGGCGAGGAGACCAUGCUGAUGCUGUCCAACCUGAAGCCGUACACCACCUACUACUUCAAGGUGCAGGCACGCACCACCAAGCAGCAGGGCAACAACAACGCCCCCUUCUCCGCCCUGGUGUCCUACACGACCACAGCCGCGGUGAUCAUGCAGGAGGCAGACACCAUUGCCAAGGGCAUCGACAACGAGAAGCUGCUGUACAUCAUCAUCGGAGCCACGGCCGUGGUGCUGCUGGUCGUCCUCAUUGGCAUACUGCUUCUCUGUCGCCGCAAGCCCCAAUCCUCGCCGGAGCACACAAAGAAGAGCUAUCAAAAGAACAACGUGGGAGUGCCAAAGCCCCCAGAUCUAUGGAUACAUCACGAUCAGAUGGAGCUGAAGAACAUUGACAAGGGUCUGCACACGGUCACGCCCGUCUGCAGCGAUGGGGCCUCCAGUAGUGGAGCCCUGACCCUGCCCCGUUCGGUGGUUCACAGCGAGUACGAGGUGGAGACGCCUGGCGGAGUGCCUGGACAUGUCACCAACUCGCUGGACAAGCGCUCCUACGUGCCCGGCUAUAUGACCACUUCGAUGAACUCUACGAUGGAGCGUCCGCAGUAUCCGCGGACCCAGUACAGCCACCAGAACCGCUCGCACAUGACCAUGGAGGCGGGCCUCUCGCAGCAGAGUCUCUCGCAGCCCAACCAGAACGGCUCGCUGGCCCAGACGCCCGAGCACCCCUAUGGGGGCUACGAUGCCAACUUCUGCAAUGCCGGCAAUGGAGCUGCUGGCAACGGCUGUGUGUCCACCAUUGAGAGUGCCAAACGCGGGCAUCCGCUCAAGAGUUUCAGUGUGCCAGGGCCACCGCCCACUGGGGUAGCCACGCCCAUUAAUAAGCACACUCCUGCCGUAACAAUACGUCCACAGAACCAGUCGCCCUACAAGAAGCCAUCGUUCUCGGCCGCCACGCCCAAUCGCUUGCAGGGCGGCGGGUCGGUGGCACACUCAACCGACGAGAUCCAGAGACUGGCACCGAGCACAUCCACCGAGGAGCUCAAUCAGGAGAUGGCCAAUCUGGAGGGUCUUAUGAAGGAUCUGAGCGCCAUCACGGCCAACGAAUUCGAGUGUUAACAGUGAAGCAGCUCCUGCACCGCCCCCCGCCCCCCACUACAAGUAUUAGUCGACAAAACAAUUUAUGUUACUUGUUUUUUAGUUUCUGUUUUAUUAUCGAUUAACCUCGAACCACACCCGCUGGCAGCAUUCGAGUUGGUUUGAGCUGAGCACUGGCCAGGUCCGCAUUUAGUUUUAGUUAACCCAUGUGCGAUAUAAAUGAAUGAUCCGAUCGAAUGAUGAUAACUGUAAAUACGAACGACGCCGCCAUAUAUAUAUGUAAGCCUAGAUGCACACAUUCAUAACUAUAAAUAGCAUUUUAGCAUAGUUAGUUAGCGAUUAAGCAACAACAACAACAACUGUGUAAAAAAACAAAUGCCAGAGCAGAAGUGCGUUCAUUGUGAGCAGGACUGACCCUCUCCUGGCUAUCAUAUGACAUUUCAUAUUUAUCACACUGCAGCAUCUUCAUUUCAUACGCAUGCAGAUUCGCUUUAGUCCUUAAGUCUACAUAUACAUAAAGUACAUAUGCCAUUCUAGAUGCAUAUUCAUAUGCAUCUGCAUCUACGUCUAAGCUACAUUUCAUACUAUUAAUGCCCCUAAGAACGUAACUUUUAUGCUAAUAUACAUACAUACAUAUGUAUUACACUCACAAAAACAAUCAAAACAUUCGGAAUCAAUUUGUAUCUUAAAGUGUCUUCUGUAGUUUAACCUUAUCCUUUCUCUUCAACUUAUUCAUAAAGUUGGAAACGUGCCAUUUAUUGAUUUGUCUCCUUCCACCCCCACACAACACAACACAACACACUACACACAACUACUUAAGCUAUAAAGUCAGGAUAUAUAUUCUAGACUGUAAGCCAGCAAAGCAUUUACGAUUUAAACUCUACUAUUGAUAGCAUUUACAUAUACAUUUUUACUGCGAAACGAUGUAAGGAAAUUAGCUCUUUUAGGAGAUUUUGAUACGUUCGAAAUGCGUAUUGCCUGAAGAGUCGCCUGAAGAGUGGUUUUAUUUAUUGUUCACUAAAUUGUAUUCAACUUUGCUAUGCACACUAUAAUCUCAUUGGACAUUGAACGGCAAACUCAACUCAAGAGAAAAUAUAUGUAUGCAACCAAACCAAAACAACAAAACAAAAUAAAAUGCACUAGGAAAACAUUUUAAAAUUGUGAAAUUUGUAAUGUAUCGAACGUAAAUCUUUGUAAUCAAAAGUGAAAUUGAUAAAUAUAUGAACAAAUUGUGGAAAAUAAUCGGAAUUUUUGCUCUUGCUUUUGAAGAUGGAAAUUUCAGCGACGAUAGAUGCACCAAUUCAUCUGCCAUAUGCAAACUUAAAAUAACCACUCGAUUCUCGGCCACGAUCAGGACUCUAGAUUCACGCAUGGGCGCCACGCCUCGCCUCGCCCAAUCAUUUGCAUCAAGAACAUCAAGGGUUAAGGACUGAAUUGCCAUACCUUCGCCAUUUCUUAUCCGAUUCAAACGCUGGGCUGGAUUACCUUUUUUUUCUAAAGAAAUUCUUUUUAUUUGCGCC